UAAUGAUGGUGAUGGCUCACUAAGCAUAGGCUCCAGAGUCAAGAGCUGAGGUGGUACUGGCAGUAUUUCAUGACCACGUGGGAGAGGAAAAGCCAAUCAGAACAACCAGGCGAAGACAAAAGAAGUUUGAAAGGUCAAACCUUUAGUAUAAAUGGAUUUCUGCAGUUAAUCUCUCUUGCAUUUCCAGAGCCAGUUACUCAAUUCAGAGAUAUAUCGUGCCACUCCAGAAGCGCUGUUCAUUCUCACAUCCACCUCUUGCAUUUCUCUUCCAGAGAGUCCCCAAAUGGACAUUCUCCUUUCUGCAGUUCUGGGCGAGCUGACAACUAGAUCAAUAGAUUUCUUCAUCAAAAAAAGCUUCAAGCCGAAGGCACUGGACGUGGAGGAUCGCCUCCAUAUGAUCCUACUCCGGGCACAAGUCAUCGUUGAUGAAGCCAUGGGACACCAGAUCACAAACCAAUCAGUUCUCCAGCAGCUGGAUAUGCUCAGAGACGCCAUGUACCGAGGCUGUUACACCCUCGACACCUUCAGAUACCAAGUUCACAGCGAAGAGGAGGCUAAAGGUCAGGUUGUGAGUCACUCCUUGUCUCUAUCCAAAGUAAAUUCUCUACAAGGUUUGUGUUCGUCCAGUAGAAACCCGCAGAUUUCGAAACAGCUAAACAAGUCUCUUGAUGAUUUAAGCUCCAUGAUUCUUGGUGUGGAAGAGCUAGUCGUGUUCUUGGCAAGCUAUCCUCGCCUGUACCGCCAACCUUAUAGCAUGCAUCUCGUGCUGGGCAACUGCAUGUUUGGCCGUCAGAUGGAAACUCAAUUUGUCAUAAACUUCCUCUUGCACGCACGACCUCAUGGUUCUAAAGAACUGGACAUCCUGCCGAUUGUUGGUCCCGGUAGAGUUGGCAAGACCACCCUUGUAGCUCAUGUUUGCGAGGAUGAAAGAAUCCGUGAUCAUUUCUCAGAAAUCUUGUUCUUGCGGGACCAUGAUUUCACAGGUGUUGACCUCGCUAGAGUUAGAGAAGGAUAUGCAAUGGAAUAUAAAAGUUGUGUGUCAAACUCAAACGAUGGAAGAUUGCUAGUUGUUGUUGAGUUAGUUGGCGAUCUCAAUGAAGAUGCAUGGAAUAGGUUGUAUUCUGCUUAUAUACAGGAUGUGCCAAGCAGCACUAAAAUCAUAGUCACAAGCCGGUCUGACAAGAUUAUCAAGUUUGGAACAACACGGGCACUAAGUAUGAAUUAUCUAUCCCAUGAAGCGUACUGGUAUUUCUUCAAGACGCUCACCUUUGGAAGCACAGAUCCCAUGAUGCACCCAAGGCUUGCAUGCCUGGCCAUGGAGAUAGCCAGGAUGGUAAAAGGAUGCUUCAUUAGUGCAAACAUCUAUGCUUGUUUGUUGAGGGCUAACUUUGACAUCCAGCAGUGGUGCAAGGUUCUGGCCUUCGUGAGAGGGCAAAUCAACAAGAAUAUCUCCAACUUUGGUGAGCAUCCAUUUGAUCUUAUAAACCAGAAAAGACCUGCAUAUAUGGGGAGAAUGGUUACACCUUCUCAAUAUGUUGUGCUUCAUUGUGAGAAUGAAUGCUCUAAACAAGAGGAGCUACCAAUGAUAAAACUCGAAGAUGUCUUCUAUGGAAGCAUUAAGGUUCAUGGGAAAUUCGAGAUGCUAGGAUGGAGGUCUAGGAUACCACCCUACCAUAGUUAUGUGGAUAUUUGUGAGUUUCAAGAGGUAAAAACUACCUCUGCCAAGAGGAAGCGUUCUGUAUAAAAGAGUCACAAUUAGCUAAACUCUCUAUUGCUAAGCUUACAUAGAAAGACAUGUGAAUAUAUUUUGAUAGGGAGUUACAACAUUGUCAAGCUCUAGUACUACCUUAUCAUGUAUAAAGUUUGUUUACUGUUAACAGAA